UUCUACUGCUAGUGAGAAGCAGUCGUCUGCUUAGACGUGAGAAAACUGGUGUAAUUUUUAGGCUUUCAUAUCCUAUCUCUGUUUCACAUCUCAGAAGCCACACUUUCCUACUGAAGAUAACAAUCUUUAAAAAAAAACUAUGUCGUCAAUCAGGCAUUUGCUGCCACUUCAGCUACUGCUGUGUCUGUGGCUUUUAAUGUGGUGUAAACAGGAAGAAUAGGUUUGUAAGGAGCUCAUGAAGUUACAAACAUGACUUCAAAAAGCUCCAUUUGUUUCAGAUUAUUUCCAUUUGUGGAUCGAUUCAAUUCACAACUGUAAAAGAGAGAAAAAAGGACACUCUGUCCCAUGUUUUCUUCCUCCAACCCUGGCAGCAAACUGUUCAGUAUACAAGGAAAUAUGAGAUGUGGAAGAUAAAAAUGCUUUAGUGCUAAUAAUUACAGCUAUCAGUUUUCUAUAGCUAUGUUACUUUUAGCAGCAGCAGUACUGGAGAAUGUUCACAACAAAAUCAUGAUUUGUUUUUAUUACACUGUCAGUAAUGCUAAUCACAUCUUACAGAACUGAAACUUAACAGAAAGCAAAGAAGAUUUUAGAAAAAGAAAAACGUAUGAGGUUCAUUUACAGCCAGUCACUUUGAGACGGGUAACCAUUAACCAAACAAACAGGAAAUAUAUUUUUCACUGUGUAGAAAGUUUGGCUGACUGCUGCUGGCUUCAUGUUUGUGGGCUGCUGUGAGUACCAGGUUUGUAAAGUAGGUUACCACAGCUUCCUUGCUUAAGACGAACUCAUCACUUUCCAGAUUUUACCCACUGGUUCAGCUGGAAGCAGCCCUGAGACAAUGUUUUACAGAGGAAGAGAGCCUCAUAGAUUCAUAUACAACAACCCCAUCAUAGAAAAUGAUCAAGAAGAGAGUUAUGUCCUUGAAGUGAUGAUGUGGAUCAACAUGUGUGUCUGCCUUCCUUUGACCAUACUGAUCAUCAACUGUGUAUUUUAUGGAGUGCCAAGAGUUAAGGUCCCCAUCAUCUCUUACACAAACCUCCUCAUCGCCAAUCUAAUCCAGAUGUGUAUAAUGAUUGCUUGGGUGGCAAGAGUGGAAAGAAGCAUCUGUGUUAUGAUUCACGUCUCAUGUGCUAUGGCCAGUCUUUACUUCAAGAUGUGCAUCGCUUUGGAAAGAUGUUUCUUCUUCGCCUACCCACUGUUGGACUGCCUCAGACAAACUAGGAGUUCUGUGGUGGUCUGUGUCCUGGUCUGGGCUUUUUGUAUUGUCAGUGUUCCUCUUGCCAUAAUCUUAAAAGAAUUUGUACGUUUAAUUAUUUAUGCCCUCCUUCCUGCCCCUCUGUCCAUCUUCUGCUUAGCCUGGACUUUCACAGCCCUGCCUGCUGCCACCUCAGUGCCCACUGAAGACAAACGAAGAAGUCUGGGAACUUUGGUUCUGUUGUUCUUUAACUACUUUGUCAUGAUUCUUCCCACAGUGAUUUUUCCAAUUUUAGAUUUUUUAGCAGAUAUAAAGUUAUUCUGUUAUUUCAUUCCAAUUUCAAUCUUGUUUCUGCUUUGUCCUUUUGUGGACUUGAUUUUGUUCCUUUUCAUGCAAAAAGGAUGCAUAGACAAGCUGCUAGUCUGUCUGUGCUGCUGUAGUAUGAACAACACUGUAUCAGAUGUAGAAGCUGAUUAUCACUGUGACUGAUGGUAACACGGAAAGGACAGCUGAUGCAGUCAAAGUGAGUCAAA